AUGUCGUUCCUCCUCCUGACUUCAGUUAUCAUCGCGCUGGUAUCAGAUCCAGCAUGUGGUUCUUCAAAUAUCGGACGGCUUCAAGGACUCUACAUUGGUUGGAUCGCGCACGCAAACCUUGGCGAUGAGCUGGUGCUGGACAUUUUUGGAUAUUUGCUGCGCGACGUCCUGCUGGAACCUGGCAUGUAUCAACGGGCGACUUUAGAGUAUCAGAAACCCUUCGUUUCAGGUCAAAUCCAAAGGCUCAACUUUUCGGCUUACGGCUUUGCGGUACUUGGCGGUGGCUCGUUAUUGGAGGCUAACCACAAUUUGAGGACCGACCAAUGUCACGGUGUGAGAAAUGCUAAUGUGCCGCUAUAUGUUCAUGGAACAGGCACCCAGCUACCUCACUUGGAGUUCAACUCUCUGAAUCUUUUGUGUGUACAGCCGCCUGUUUGGGGAGGUGUGCGCGGGCCCCUGACAAACGCGCUUCUGGCCAACAUGUCGCAGCAUCUCCAAAGCAACAUUACUUAUGAACUACCUGUAUUUGGGGACUCGGGAAUCCUCGCUGACAGAAUUUUCCCUCGCGUGUCCUCCGCGGCUGUUGUCGCGAAGCUGGAGGAUGCCCUUGGUACUGUGAGUUCUGACGGCGUCAUCUGCAUCAGCGGGGCCGUACGAUCGGGCCAUAAGGAUACAUCAAAUUUUAAGGACACCGCUGAUUUAAUAAAGGCAUGGGUGAGCAAAUACAUUGUCGUAUUGCUGCCAGUGGACCCUGAAACAGCCGACAGACAGGUGGUCGUACACUGGAAAUUGCUGACGUCGGACCCCAAGGCCAACGGCAAACUGUUUUUCAAUCCGCAAGUUACCAAUUACGGCGUCUGGCUGGCCCUCUUGUCCCGCUGUGAUUUGGUCAUAAGUAGACGGCUCCAUGCGGCUGUGAUGGCAGCAGCCGUCGGGGCGCCGUUUGUCGUGCUGUACGAGAAUGCAAACACCCGGCUAUACAGAAAGGCCAAGGAUUUUGUGCUGGGGACCGUGGGGUCGGACGGUUGGGAGGAGUUUUUUGUACGGCGGGGCGAUUUCAACGGAUCGGUCGCUGCCUUGACCAGCCUCCUGGAUACGAUGCGCCGGCGGCAUCCCCGGCAGAAGGCAGCCUUUGGCCGCGCCAUAGAGCACGCACACUCGGUCUACAUGAGCAGCUUGCGGGCGUUCGUCCGAACAGUCAUUCCCGACAACUUGCGGUCCUUUAAGGACGUGCACAUUCGUAUAUCUCGAUACCUCGACAGCGCGAGGUUCGAUUUAAGUUUUGAGUAA